CGAAACUUUUGCUGUUGUUUUUGCUUGGAUCAAAGGGCUUCAAUAAGCAUCAAUGACACAAUGCCUGCAAUCCUAUGUAAAAAGAAUAUCAGAAGCAGAGGGAUCGUAGAAAGUACUAUAUUAAAAUCAUCGACAGGACCACCAUCAAAGCACCGAGCGGACCCAAUCUCCUCAUCCCACCAGCUCUGAGCUUCUCACACAUUGCAAUACAUAUCACCACCACUAAGUAACGGACCUUGUGCGCUGAAACUAACAACUUCCCAGAACACUCCUGAAGCUCCGAGCCAUCUAAGCACCCAGCGUCUAAGCCGACAAUGCCAUCCCAACGCAAAAUCCGACGUCGAGACUUCUCCUACGCUCCGAAAUGUCGCUUCUGCCCCGUAGCAUCCUGCAAUCAGCUCUGCUCUACCCGCAGGGGUCUCGUGCGACACUUGGUCGCCAAGCACCGAUACACGGAUGCCGCUGCCAAGGUAAAGGUGGACCUCAACAACGACGACACGUCGGAUACCGCUAACACAAACAUUGGCAGUGGCAGAGGAGUCUCUACCACUACCACUACCUCCUCCCCAUCCGCAACCGGCGCUGGACCCAAAUUCAAAAGGUCCAACGCCCGCACCAAGCAGUGCCGGCAGUGCCGCUCGCUGACCGGGCACGCGUCCCGCGAGAACCUGCAGAAGUUCCACCACGGCGAUGAGGCGGGGAACAACAACCACCUGUUGAAGACCGUGACCCGCCGUCGGGAGCUGCGAUGCCAAACCGGGGAUUGCGGGGCGUGGUUUGCACGGCCGACCGAGUUGGCCCAGCACUGGAUUCGGUUUCACACCGAGGUUGGGGUUGGCGGCGCAGGAGCAGGAGAAGACGCAGGCUGA